CAAGCAGCGGUCGACGAGCUUCCAUUGCCGCAAUCAAACGAGGAACAAACAGGAGAAUUGUGCAUUGCGUUCGAUUGCUUGGCAGAAGACAACGUUGUGAAGAACAAUCCCACCUUUACAAAUCCCUCUGAGCAGUGUCCGUUUCUUACCGCCGUCCAACAAGGCCUGCUUGUAUCUGUCAUACCAGAAAGCGAAGAUCCAAAGCGUGCCCAGAGUACUCCUCCAUCAAUGAACCAAAUGCCGGUGCCGAAUCUUGUAUUGUACUCAAAGGUCGGCGUGAUUGUCCUUUCGUGGCUUCAGGCAUGACCACUCGGCCUUGAGCGGGUUUUCAUGGCAUGGGGAGUCAGCGCUCUUCUUCGUUAGGAGUCGUUGCAAAUAGGGAGGUCCAAGCAUCGACCCCAGAACGCUUGGUGAAUCAGCCAUUGGUAUAAGAUUCCAGCGCACUUGAGUCGGGCAAAAGCACUACUACACACUAGUGCACUCCUGAGUAGCGUCAAGACGAUUCGGCAUUUAGACUGCAGACUACUGUACGGGCUACCAGCUCUCAGGCUGAUGGUGCAAGUUGACCUGGUGAGUCUGGCAAGAUUGGCCGGCAUCCCUGUCACCCACCCAUGAGGACAUACUAGGAUCAUGCAUCCUGCUGUCUUGGGAAGGGUUCGCCAGCCUGCGAAUUGAACAGGCAUAUAAGGCGUCGCUUUUCCACUUGGGCCCAAAAACCCGUUGCAACCUCAGCGUAUCGAAAGGGCUACCAAAGAGUCUACUUCAAAAUUCUUGCCAUUCGGCUUCAUUGAGCGAACCAAAACAUGGAGCAAAGCAGUAAUAUAUGGCAGCCUUUGUCCAACCAAUGGAGCUUUCGCGUGGUCACAGUAUACCAUGGCCGUAAUCACGAACCAAUUGAAGUUUUCCUGCACGAAAAAGACUUGAGACUCGAACACGAAUACGUUGCCUUGUCGUAUACGUGGGGUAAUGCUUGGUCCCAGGCCGAAAUACAGGCGAAUGGGCAACAGCAUCGGAUCUCGGAAAAUCUGUACGAAGUCUUGAAGAUCAUCCGUGACGAUGACCACGACAUAAAUGUCUGGAUAGAUGCCCUCUCGAUAUCUCAGGUUGAUCCUGUGGAAAAAUCCAAUCAUAUUGGGAUGAUUGGCAAGAUAUUCCAACAGGCAAAAGACGUGUUGGCCUGGGUCGGCCACCAGAGCCCCAACGGCUUAGAUCUUUCCAAACUAACGGCUGUCAACGAGAAUCAUGGCCCCCGAAAGAAGAGCGUCUUUCGAAGAGCUACCGAGGCAAUAGUCCACCCCGAGUUACGAAGAACGAAACGCUACCCCACGACUUACACAGAUGCAUGGAUGACGGCUGACUACCGCAGGCGUGCUGAAAUUAUCUCAAAAUUGUUGCAGCGCCCAUACUUCGGACGAACCUGGAUCGUCCAGGAGCUUAUCUUCUCCAAGCAUAUUACUUUCCGGUGCGGACCACACACCAUAACCUGGGAGGUUUUGAUGAACCUUAUCGAUAAAAUUGUCGAUUAUGACCCCGAAUGUGUACGCGAUAUUGAACUUCCGCGUCCCGACCCGUAUUACGAAGAUCAGAUCGAAAUGUUGACUGCAAACCCCAGGUUUGACCGGUUGAUGUUUAUCCGAGGGUGUCGCCGUUCCCAUGCAGCAAAUGACUUGGGCCUCGGGCUCAUUGACUCCAUCAAUAUAUUUGCAAAUACAUCGCAGAGUCUUCCGCACGAUCGUGUCUAUGCUUUGCUGGAGCUGGUGCAAAAAAAGGGGUCGCUGCAGCCUCUGCAACCAAACUACGAGCUGAAGAUGAGCCAGUUGUUUGUCCAGGUGUUUCGAACUCGUUCGUGCGUGCAUCCGGGUGAGCUCUUUGCACCAGAACCAGGCCCGCUGCCCAAGCCAUGGAAGUGGAACAGCACAGCUUUCGAUCAACUGGUGGGAUCGAGGAGCGUGAUAGCGGCGUGCCUUUUGAGUGACCUUCGCAUAUCUCGAGAGCAAGCGUUGGAUGCCCUAAAGGAGCUGCAGGAAUGCGCACGUCAAGACCAGUGUGCCCGAGCAGACGAUGACCUGUUUGCUGUUGCCAACGCAUUCCACGUGUUGUACGGCUACCCUGAGGAGGGGAAUCAUGGACGAUUCAGACAAGCGCUGUACGCAGCGCUGUGUGAUGCGCUCCCCCCAGAUUGGAUCCGAAAACAGGCCCAACGGUGGUUUGACAACCUGCUCAUCGUACUUCCUGGGUACUUUGAUUCGUCUGACGAAUCCCUAGGCCUUGAUGUAAGCGUGCUUCUGAAGGCGUUCGACGAUGAACGACGUCCAUGAGCUAUGGAUCGAGCUCUAGAUCUGAAGCGGCGCAUUCGCCCGCUCCUCAGGACCGCAGGACAUUUUGCCAGAGUUAGCUCUUAUCUUCGCGGGGGACUAGUCAGCACAACCUAACCAGACUUUCGAAUAUAGUC